GGAUGAGAGAGUUCCACAUAUGGAUGAUGGAAGCUAGCUUUUAAAAGCUUUGAAUGUUCUGAUGCUAAAGAUUCUGGAUAAUGCAGAUCGAACUUCAUCCUUUGUUGUUCUCAUCAAUCUCUUACAUCCAUUAGAUCCUUCAAGGUGGCCCUCACCUGCAUCAAAUGAGACAUUUGCUGUCAGAAAUCAGAAGUUCUCUGAUCUGGUUGUUAAAUGUUUGAUAAAACUUACAAAGGAAGGCAAUGUUGCCAACCAGAGGGAACAUCUAAUUCUUCUCCUUGCCAAUAUUCACAUUCAGAAAGCUAAUAAGCAGUCUGUCUUGAAGGAUCUUGCAGGCAAAGGACACCAAUUGAAUUAGAUAGAGAGGUUCAGAACUUGAGGGUGGCAUUUACUGACCUGUUUUUGAAGCAUAACACUUUCAAAGAAACUGCAAAGUCAUCGAGAUAUUGAUGCAAAGAAUGGAAGAAUGUAUUUCACUAAUUUUUGUAUACAUUUCUUGUUUUGUAUUUGGUGAUAAAGGAAUCUGAAUUUGGCAUAAAUUAUGUUGUAAUAUGAUUUCUUAAGCCUAGACUAGUAGACUAAAUAUUGUAAUUACAUUUGAGUAAUUAAUAAAAAUCUAUUUAUGUUA